GUUCUAGUUCCUUUUACACAACACUACCUCCAGCAACAUCUUAGUCUCUUGCCAUUGCUUCAACAUGGCUGCUGUGUUUAAAUCUCACGGCCCUCAAGUCAGCAUUGAAAUAGGCGAAUAUGAGCAAUUUCCUACAAAAGAACACAAGACGCCACCAAGAUUCAAACAUGUCCACGUGGUUCUGUUGGCCUUUGGAAUUCUGUGUGUUCUUCAAGCGGUCCUUAACAUCACUCUGAGACUGGUUUACAACAAAACAGUUGAAAAAGGUGAGACAGGAGACACCUGUGUAGGUGAGACAGAAGACAUCUCUAUCUGUCCACAUGGGUGGAUCCUGUUCGGUUCCAGUUGUUACUACAUUUCCUCACAGAGGAGGAGUUGGGACAAGAGCCGACAAGACUGUCUGCAGAGACACGCUGAUCUGGUCAUCAUCAACAGCAGACAGGAACAGGCAUUUCUCACAGGGUUCACCGAGGCAGCCUGGAUUGGAAUGUCAGACAGGGUUCAGGAGGGAAACUGGAUCUGGGUGGACGGAACACCGGUCAACAGAGACAAGCUGAAAUGGGCCCCGGGGCAGCCUGACGGAGCAUUUGGAGGCGAAGACUGUGGUGAUCUGCGUACGAUGAGCAACUUCCUUGGUUUGAAUGAUUCUAAAUGCAGUGCCCAAUCCAAGUGGAUUUGUGAAAAAGAACUCUUGUUAUGAAAUGUUUCCUCUUUUUUAUCUACUCCAAUAAAAUUAUAUUUGUUAUCACUCAAAAUCCAAAA